AAAAAAAACUCUUUUUGGAAAAUUAAUUUUGAUUUUAGUUUAUUAUAAUGAAAUAAACAAAUUUAAUUCAAUUAUUUAUAAAAUUUUUAACUUAUAUUGAAUUUUUUUUUUUUAUGGAGAAAGUUGAUGUUGAUGAAAUGUGUUUGUGUUGAUAAACGAUUAAAAUGGCCGCCGUUUCGUUAUGAGUGAAUACAUAGUUUUUUUAGUAAUUAAUGAAGAAAAUAGAAUCAACUAGAUAAAAAUUCGAUUAUUUUCGUUAUUUAAUGGACUGGUAUACAAAAAAAUGUUCUUGUAAAAAUUAUAUUGUGAAAUAAGUUACGUAAAUUCACAAUUAUGGUACAUUAAAUGCUUGACGAGUGUUUAUGUCUAAUAACAUGUUGUGAAUAUUUGUGAUAAAUAGUAAGUGAUUUUAUGAUUGUGCAUUAAUAAAUAGUUUAAAUAUUGCGAAAUGAGUAAAAGAACAGGCCGUAAACCUAAGCGUACAUCAAGAAGACGUACUAGAAGGCAUUCUUCAACAUCGGAACCAGAAUCGGUUGAAGAAGUGCCAGUUAAAACUAGAUCAAGCAGUCGAAUUGAUGAAAAUGAAAAAAAAGUUGCUCUUACAAUUAAACUACCAAAACCAGAUACUGAAGUUUGUAAUGAUGAUACAUCAACGGGUAUGUGGAAGGUAGAAUGUUCUAAUGGAUCAGAUGGAGACAUUCAAAAACUCAAGAUUAGUUUAAGACGUUCUCCUAAAGAUUUGAUAAAAGAACAAGCUGCUGAAGCAAAAUAUGCAGCUGUCAAAGGUGGUAAAGAAGAAGCUGCUGGAAGUUCUUCAGUGAAUUCUUCAGUAUUAGAUGGAAGUGUUACUAAUUACUUGGACAGUUCUGUAACAAAAGAAAAAGUUGAACAAGAUGAGUCUAACAAUGCUAACCAAGAGGAAGAAAAAGACAAAGAAGAACCUGAAAUUCCUGUUGAAACAGUAUCUUCUAUUAUUCAAGAAACUGUAAUUAUACAAGCUAAUAUUACUAAAAGUAGUGAUAUAACACCUUCUGAAGUUUUAACACCUCAAUCUGAGGACACAGUUGUGGAAAAUAUAUGUACUGAUAAUAUUAAGAUCAAUGUAGCUAACACUAAUGAAACAAUUGAAAAUAUAUCGGAACCAAUAAUGAUAAGUGAAGCUAAUGAUUUGUCUAAUGCUAUACAACAACAUGCUUUAGAUUCAAGUUCAAAACCUCUAGAUGAGAAAUGUAAAUUAUCUGAGACUACUUUGGAUGAUAAAGUAGAACAUACGGAUACUACUAUUUUAUUAGAGUCAAAAGAAGAGACUCGAGAAUGUUUGCCUGAAUCUGUAGAGAGUAUAAUAAGUAAUUUAAAUGAUCCUAAAACAAUUGAAAAAUCUAAUCAUAGCAAUACUAUUAAUAAAAUUCAAUUAGAAAAUGUGAAUAAAAUAGAUGUUAAUGAUUCUGAACAAAUGGAAGAUGUUGUACAGCUAACUGUCGAAUCUCCUGACUUAGUUGACGAAGAUGAAUCUAAACCUGUUGAAGAAUUAAAUUAUGUGUCUUCAUCAGAAAAUAUCAUAACACAAGAUAAAAUAUCAAAUGAUACAAAAACAGAGCAUGUAGAAACAUUUAGUGAUACAUCAAACUCACAUUUUACUCAUCCAAAGCGCAAAUGGGGUUCUUGUAAAACAAGAAUUCCAAUAACGAUUAAUCCUUUUACAUUAGGACUAAUUAUUGAAUCAAAUGGCGAUUCCAUCGGUGAUAAUGGUGAAUAUCGUUCAGAAGAAGGGGAGAUUCAAAAGACGGAUUCUGAGGAUAAUAACUCAGAAGAAGAAGGUAUGGAAAUCAAUGAUACUAUGAUGAUAGACCAUGAAACUGUUGAUUAUGAAGCACCUGAUGAUGAAGAUAAAGUUGAAAACGAAGAAAAUAAAUCUGAUAAAUCAUUAGAAGAACCUAAUGUUGUUAAAGAACCUAUUAAAAAAAAAUCUAUGAAACGUAUGUCAAGUGUAAUACAUAUAACAAAUCUUGUGCGACCAUUUACUGUAGGACAGCUUAGAGAUUUAUUACAAAGAACAGGUAAAAUUGUCCCCAAUGGAUUUUGGAUUGAUGCAAUCAAAUCUCAGUGUAUUGUAGAAUAUGAAAAUGAAGACCAAGCAAUUGAAACUGUGUAUGCUCUUAAUGAAUCCCAGUGGCCUUCAACUAACCCAAAGUUUUUAAAAGUAGUAUUUAGUGACAAAGAAGAAUUAAAUAAAGCAUUGAAUGGGUCAAAUUUAGAUCAAACAGAUAGACAUAAAAUAUCAAAAGUUGAAAAACUUAGAGUGCAGAUUGAAAAUCAUAAUACAAUUCUAAGAGAAUGGGAUAAAGGUAAAUUAGAAGAUAUGAAUGGGGAUGAUGAAAAACCUAAUAAAAGAAAAUUAUCAGAUGGUGAUAGUAUGAUUAAAGACAAGAAAAUAAGAAAAGAUGAAAAAGAUUCUUCAGAUAAAAAAAAGAAAUCGAAGUCCAAAACUCCUGAACGUGUACCAACUAAGAGCUUAGAUGAAUUAUUUAAAAAAACUAAAACUACUCCAACUUUAUAUUGGUCCCCAUUAUCUGCUGAAGAAAUAGCAGAAAAAGAAGAUCAGCGCCGUAAACAUUUAGCUGAUAUGGAAAGAUCACUAAAAACCGAUCGAAGAAGAAGAGAUAAUAAUAACUAUCCUAGAAGACGUUAAUUUUGUAUAUAAUAAGUAUUUUAUACAUAAAAAAGAAAACCUACAAUUUUUUUUACAAUAUGGUACUUCUGAGUUUUGUCUUUAAAUCAGAAUGUAAACUCAUUAACAAAUAGUAAAAAAAAAGAAAAUUAUUGUAGGUUAAUUUUUUUUCAUAUUCUGUUUUUUAUUUAGGGAUUACUAUCCAAACACUGUUUUUAUGAUGUAAUAAUUAUAAAUCGUCUUUGCGAUAAAUAAUUUUAUUUAUCAUAAUAAAGACUGUAUAGAAUGAAAA